AUGGCGUUCACAGGCGCGCGCAUGCGGCGCGGUGCACCUCUCUCGUCUCUUCUCUGCCUAGCCCCUGGGUGUACGUACACCGGAAAGAACAGCGCGUGCAGGUGGACUGUGGACGUUUGUUGGGCACUUUUGGUGGAUUUUCGGAAGCAGGUUGACGACGCGGCCUUUGCUCUCCCCAGAGGCAACGACGCCCUCUCUGCGCGGUUCUUUCUUCCCUCCCUGGCUUGUCUCUCUUGUCUUGUGCACACUGUCGACGCCGAGACAAAAACGCAUGUUUUCCUCGGCUGUUCCCCUUGUCUCUUUUCGGCUCUCGAAUUUAAACCUCCCUGCGGAUCUCGCUUCCUCAAAGUCUUCAAAAUGGCACUUGCACAGACGCAGCACCUCGCGCUUCUCCUCGCUGUCCUCUCGGUCCUCACUGGCGCUCAGGCUGGACUCUACGCGCCCAACGGACCUGUAAAGGUUCUCUCUGGUCAACAGUUCAAGGAACAAGUCGUCGGCUCCAACGACCUCUUCAUCGUCGAGUUCUAUGCCGACUGGUGCGGACACUGCCAGCGCUUUGCGCCUGAAUUCGAGAAGGCAGCGAAGGCUCUUCGGGGCAUUGUCACUCUCGUUGCGGUCUCAGACCAAUCUGCAAUGGGAGAGUAUGGCGUCCAAGGCUUCCCCACUGUCAAGGCCUUCGUUGGACGAGGUGGAAAACCCCCAAAGACGUUCGACUACAACCAAGGAAGAGACGCGGCGUCUCUCAUCGAAUUCGCGGUGAUGCAUGCAGGGAAACUCGCGAGAGCUCGCCUAGCAGGGAAAAUCGACGCUGGCACCGACGCGAAACCCUCUGAAAAAGCCGGCUCACCGGAGAAGGAGACCUCAGACGUCAUCGAGUUGACAGAUGGCAACUUCAACCAGUUGGUCAUGAAGGACGACAAAAGCGUCUGGUUCGUCGAGUUCUACGCGCCCUGGUGUGGUCACUGCAAGGCCCUCGCGCCGACAUGGGAGGAAGUUGCGACAGCGCUGAAAGGCAAAGUGAAAGUUGGCAAGGUAGAUGCUACGGUGGAAAAAGUCCUCGCGAGCACCUACGGCAUUCGGGGAUUUCCGACUUUGAAACUCUUCCCGGCAGGCGAGAAGAGCGUCGGCCUCGUCAAGGACUACGAAGGCGCUCGGACGACGGAGGCGCUUCUCAAAUACGCCAUGGAGUUCUUCAGUGUGAAUGUGACUACAGAGCAGCUGUUGAACGAGAGUCAGUUUCGCAAAGCCUGCGGAGACCAGCUCUGCGUCCUCGCCUUUCUGCCGCACAUCCUCGACAGCAAAACGGAGAAGAGAAACGAGUACCUCGCGACCUUGAACCGAGUCGUCAGAGCGUCCUUCCACAUGCCGAUCGCCUUCUUUUGGUCUCAAGGAGGAGACCAGUAUGAAUUUGAAGAGCAACUGAACCUCGCCUUCGGCUACCCCGCCGUCGUGGCUGUCCAUCUGUCGAAGGGGAAAUACGCGAUCCACCGUGGAGAUUUCAGCCAGGAAAGCAUUAACACCUUCUUGACUCAACUCCUGGCGGGGAAGGCGCCGAUCUCGGAGCUCCCCAAGAACCUGAAGAAGCUGGAGGAGUCGCGUGCGUGGGAUGGCAAAGAUGAAGAACUUCCGAAAGAUGAACUUUGAGAAGAAGUGACAAAUCCAAAAGAGAAAAGAGAGAGAAAAAGACAAAAGGAGAAAGAGGUGACGGAGAACAAGGAGACCUCAUCGACGCGUCACGCAAGAUCUGGGUGUCCUGCAGACAGCCUCCGACAGAGAGAUGGGGGGGGGGGGAGCCGCCAACCAAGAGGAAGAAGUGGGGAGCGCGUUGUUACCGAUUUUUAUGAAAUUUCUUCUCUGACCCCUUUCAAGAAGUCUUCUUGUUUUUCAGCUUCACUCUCACCUUUCUGGCGAUGACUUUUUGUCUCUUUCGGGGCUGUCUGUCGCGAUGUUCUUUUUUUCAAGAGGCACCAAGUGUUGCAGAAAGACGAGGAGACUGCACAGAGAGCGGAGACGAUGCAGCGCCUUCUUAGACUCAGAGGUCCUCUUCUUGGAUCUCUUCCUCUCUUCAGUGUCCUUUGGAUUCAUUUGUCUUUGUCAUCCUCGCGCCUCUUCCGUGACUUCUCCUCUCCCGUAUCGGCAACCGUUUCAGAGGAGAGGAGGCUGAGAGUGCUCUCAUGGUCCUGCUUCUUCGUUCAGUGCUCUCUCUCUAGAGCGGGAGCGGACGAAACGAGUUGUUUCUCCGUUUCCCUCGUUUUCGGUGAUUCUCUUCUGAAAAAACGUCAUCUCCAAAGAUGCAUGUCUGCGCAACUGCAACACAAAUCAACUUGUCUCCUUUUCUGUGCACUUAGAGUCUCUGCUGCCUCCUCCGGCCCCAACCUGUCCUCUCGUUUUCCCUCUUGAAGCUUCUCUCCUUUUCUUGAUCGCGACAGGAGGCGCAGCAGCCGGAGAAGAGGA